AUGGGUCCCUACGAAGGCAAUCUCUGUGAGGCCGUGUAUUCUUGGAUUCUUUGGCGCGUAAUGAAGCACUUCCGAGGCUUAGCGUCUGAGUUGUCCCUCAGAAACCAAUUGCAACACCGACAGCAAUACGAAGACAUGAGUGAAAGACUGUCACAAUUCAUACAACUCUUUCAUUCCUAUGUUAAGCCUCCAGAAUCACCCGAUUCUACUCCCGGAUCCCACUCAACCCCCACUCAAACGUUUGUCGCGCAGUAAUGGUUUGAUUGUUGUUUUCAAAACACAUCCAUUUAUGACAAUUUCCUCGAAACCCCUUUCCUUCCGAUUAUCCCUUUCCGAGUGUCUGUCCCACAGACCACUCACGUCUGAUAUAUGC